AUGGACACUGUUUCCUCAAUUCAUUUCCCACCAUCCUUCCUCAUGAGAGGGCAAACCCUAAAAUUCCCGCGCAGCGCCUCCUCAAAAGAGGCGCCGCGCUCUGACCCCACCCUCGCCCUCCCUCCCCGUCUCAGCUCCGCCUCCCUCCACCACCACUCCCACUCUUCCACCCCCCGCCUCUCCUUCACCACCCCCAAGCUCGACGCCGACGCUGCGUCCCACCGCUGCAUCUCGUCCGUGCUCAGAAAGGACGGCCAGAUCCUCUGCAUCGCGGCCGCCAACGGCCUCAUAUACACCGGCUCGCAGGCCAGCACCGUCCGCGUAUGGAAGAUGCCGGAGUUCACCGAGUGCGGCCACCUCAAGACCAAAGCGUGCAUGGUGGUGGCGCUGCAGGUCUCCAACGAUAGAGUCUUCGCCGCCUACGCCGAUUGCAAAAUUAGGGUUUGGCGCCGCACGUGCGAAGGGGACGUCAAGCACGCGCGGAUCGCCACCGUCCCCGCGCCCGGGAGUUUUCUCCGGGGAUAUAUCUCCGGCCAUGAUAAGACGUCGAAGCAUUUAGGCCCAAUUUCGUCGCUAGCAAUCAACACCAACGACGACGUUUUGUACUCGGCGUCGCUAGACAAAACCGUCAAAGUGUGGAGAAUCUCCGAUUUCAAAUGCAUCGAGACGAUCCAGGCCCACCUCGAGCCCAUCAACGCCCUCGCCCUCGCCGCGGCCGACGGCGCGCUCUACACGGCCUCGGACGACGCCACCGUGAGGGUGUGGCGCCGCGGCGGCCUCAGCAGCGGGCCCCGCUCCCACUCCCUCACGGUGACGCUCCCGACCAAGCACUCCCCCGCCAAGGCCCUGGCCCUCGCGGCCGACGGGGGCGUGCUCUACGCCGGCUGCACGGACGGCUACGUGCACUACUGGCUGAAGGGGUGUUUCUCCGGCCAGCUGCAGCACGGCGGGGCGCUGCCCGGGCACACGCACGCCGUCAUGUGCCUGGCCAGCGCCGGGACCUUUUUGGCCACCGGGUCCGCAGACUCGACUAGUCGGGUCUGGGCCAGGGAGGCCGACGGGUCCCACUCGUGCGUCGCGGUGCUGCAGGGGCACCGCGGGCCCGUGAGGUGCGUCGCCGCCUUCCCUUACGAAAAACGAAAGAAAAUACUAAUUCUAUCUCAACAAUAUCGAAACAAAUUUGAGAAAUCGAAUACCACCUUCUUCUUGUAUAAAUGA